AUGAAAAAAAGCCAAGUCAUAAGGCCUAACUCCAAUCACAAAAAUGAAAUAAAAAAUAAUCAAAUCUACAUUCCAAAAGUAUCAAACAUGAUAAUUUCUGAAAAGUUAAUGUAGAAUCUACUUCGGACGACAUCUGCUUAUCUACUAGCAAAAAAUGUACCUCACUAAAAUUUGACUCCCUCUAGGAGGAACUUUAGAUAAAGCCCUAUGAAGAAUUAAAUUCAUGGUCAACAAUUCAAUUCUCUUCAAAAUUAGACGAAUUACGCCAUAACUAAUUCUAUCAGAUAUUACAACCCUUCAAAUAAAUGUUAUUUGUCUAGUAGUUUUUCCAAAUUCCCGACCACAAGCGGGUAAAGAAUAAGUCAAAUUAGCAUAAAAACUUUAUCUUCAAUAAAUACGUAAAAUCAAAAUUCUAUUCCUUUAUAUAAACUAAUUACUAAAAUGAAAAAUUAAAGUAAGGAUACAAGAUCAGUAUCCUAAUUUCCGACAAUGUCAACAGAAAGGAUAGUUUAGGAUUCUGAGGGACAAUAACAAAAGAGGAAAAAAUCAGUUCGAUUUAAUGAUCAAGUCGAGUAUCUUGUUAUCAAAAGUUCAGAAGGGAUUGAGAAGUAUAAAUAUAAAUUCUUUGAACCAUUGGAUGAAGACCAUGUGUAUAAGUGA